AGUCAUAGAUGCGUGAACUAAUAUCUUCUCACACGUGUCCUUCCAUCCGUAACCUGUCUCGUUCUUCUUCUUUUAUCCCAAUCCCGCCCCUACUUUCCCCCCUCUACUUUUCUCUCUCUAAAUCCCCCCUCUUCUCCUGUUUCUUAUUCUUUUCUUCGCCGUUGCAGAACUUUGGUGGUGAAUGUGAGAGUUUUAGAUGGAGAAUAAGGAGUCAUUGAUGGAGGAUGAAAAUGUUAACAGAGUUGACUCGGUUCUUGACCACGACUUGGCGUCCACCAGUUCAACCUUGUCGUCCAUGUUCGGGAGUGACGAUUUUCGCAGCACCAUCAGUUCCGGCGACAUCUCCACUACGAGCAGUAGUUCCGGCGAGAUUCCGGUCGCCGUGAUGAACGAGGCGGUGGUCACGGGGCUGUUGGGGCCAGUACAGGAGACUCCCGCUGUCCCGGCGACGGCAACGGCAACGGCGCGGCAGAAGUGCGUGGGGAGGAACAACAAGGGCGUCACCUGGGGGUUCACUUCGGUGAUUGGGAGGCGGAGAGAGAUGGAGGAUGCUGUCGCCGUCGUACCGGCGUUCCUGUCGCGCACGUGCGAUCACGUGGGAGGGUGCACGGCCCCAGGUUCUAGAAGCUCCGCUGAGAUCUCGCCCGUCCACUUCUUCGGAGUCUAUGAUGGUCACGGUGGCUCUCAGGUGGCUAAAUAUUGUGCGGAGCGGAUGCAUGAAGUGGUAGCAGAGGAAUGGGAUCGAAACACAGUUGACAAAUUUGAAUGGCGUCAGGGGUGGGAAGCUGCAUUCUCAAGUAGUUUUGAGAGGGUUGACAAUGAGGUCCUGACAGAGGCAGAAGCACCAGAAAUGGUUGGAUCAACCGCUGUUGUGGUGGUUCUAUCAGGUUGUCAGAUCAUUACAUCCAAUUGUGGCGACUCAAGAGCAGUGCUUUGCCGAGGGACUGAAACAAUCCCCUUAACUGUUGAUCAGAAGCCUGAUAGAGAAGACGAACUUAAGAGAAUUGAAGGAGAGGGAGGGAAAGUCAUAAAUUGGAAUGGUGCUAGGGUGUUUGGAGUUCUUGCCAUGUCCAGAGCUAUAGGUGAUUGGUACUUGAGGCCGUGGAUAGUUCCAGUACCAGAAAUAACUUUCAUGACAAGGAGUGAUGAGGAUGAGUGUCUGAUCUUGGCUAGUGAUGGGCUUUGGGAUGUCAUGUCAAGUGAUGAGGUUGGGGAAAUGGCUCGCCGCUUUCUAAGAAGGAGACGAAGGUCUAUGAUGGAUGAUGAGAUUCCUGCAGCGCAAGUUGUUGCUGAAAGUCUUACUGAAAUAGCUUUUGGGAGAAACAGUUCCGACAAUAUUUCUAUCAUUGUUAUUGAUCUAAAAUCAAAGAGAAAGCGUCAGCAGCAGAGGCAAUAGGAAAGAAAACUAAAAUCAAUCCUUUUACCCUGCCUCUUUUCUUCCCAAAAAAUCCUAUUCCUUUUGAAUCCUAACAACCAAAAUCCAUUUGUUACUGCAGAACAGUAGAACAUUCCUCAGUUUUAAUUGGUUUGGUUGACAAAAAAUAAGUAGUGGAGGAGGAAAACGAAAACAUAAAGAAGUGUUCCUUCCAAUCAGGUUCUAUGAAAAAGCGUCAAAUAAAGAUGAGAAAGAAAUAUGGGAACUUUUUAUUUCAAGCUACAAAAUUAUUCUUUCUUCUUUUUCAGUGCAAUGGUAUACGAAGAACUGAAGGGAAAGUGCAAAUAUAAUGGCACUUGGAACCAAGAAGUAUUUUUUUAAUUUUAUUCGAGUAUGCCAAGAAGCAGAAAAGCUCAACUAAGACUCUGCUUGUUUAAGUUUCGCAGGAAGGAAAAGUUGAUUUUCCCCAUAAAACACUAGUUUCUUUAAUGGGUGGGUACACAAAGGUAAAGAAGGAAAAGGAGCUCUUUUAUUUCAAGCUGCUGCUUACUUUCAUCAUUAUGUUAAUCACUCAAAAGGAAGGAAGGUCUUGUGGUUGCAUAUAUUAUUAUGUCUUUGUUGUUUUAAUUGAUUCAUUUAUGAAUUGUUGAAGCAGAGUUUAUAGAAAAAUGGAGCUUGAUGGCCUUUCUUGGUU